AUGUGGCUGCGCGUUUGGCUGGACUACUACUUGGACUGGUUGAACUGGCUGAACUUGUUGGAUCUGCUGAGGCGUUGGCUGGACUGGCUGGGGUGGCUGGACUUGGUCUUGUUGAACUGGGGGCGGCACUUGUUGAACUGGAGGGACCAGUUGCUCGUUUGGGAUCUGUUGAACAUGAGCGGCGUCCUUAAGGAGAGGUGGGUCAACCACCUCAAGUACUGGUCUUGCUAG